AUGAAUGAAGAGCCGACGGUCAAUGCGAGCUGGCUGCCUCAGGACCGCGUAGAAGCCGGCUCUAUCGAGAACGCCUCGGGCUCCUCCCUGGUUCCCGUGGUAGAGCCGGAGCCAGAGCUCUGGGUGAACCCCUGGGACAUUGUCCUGUGCACCUCGGGGACCCUCAUCUCCUGCGAGAAUGCCGUGGUGGUGCUUAUCAUUUUCCAUAACCCCAGCCUCCGCGCGCCCAUGUUCCUGCUGAUAGGCAGCCUGGCGCUGGCGGACCUCCUGGCGGGGAUCGGACUUAUCGUCAAUUUCGUGUUUGCUUACCUGCUGCGCUCGGAAGCCACCAAACUGGUGACGGUUGGACUCAUUGUUGCCUCUUUCUCCGCGUCCGUUGGCAGCUUGCUGGCUAUCACUGUCGAUCGGUACCUUUCCUUGUAUUACGCUUUGACUUACAAUUCGGAGAGGACUGUCACUUUUACCUAUGUCAUGCUUGUACUGCUGUGGGGAGCAGCUAUCUGUAUCGGACUGCUGCCUGUGAUGGGCUGGAACUGCCUCAGAGAUGAAUCCACCUGCAGUGUUAUCAGACCGCUCACUAAAAAUAACGCGGCGGUCCUCUCGGUCUCCUUCUUGCUUAUGUUUGCCCUCAUGCUGCAGCUCUACAUUCAGAUCUGUAAAAUCGUGAUGCGCCAUGCCCAUCAGAUUGCCUUGCAGCACCAUUUCCUGGCCACUUCCCACUAUGUCACCACCCGAAAAGGAGUGUCUACUUUGGCCAUUAUUUUGGGGACUUUCGCGGCUUGCUGGAUGCCUUUUACGCUCUAUUCUUUAAUAGCAGAUUACACCUAUCCUUCUAUAUAUACCUAUGCCACCCUCCUGCCUGCUACCUACAAUUCCAUCAUCAACCCUGUAAUAUAUGCUUUUAGAAACCAGGAGAUACAGAAAGCGCUGUGGCUCGUCUGCUGUGGCUGCAUUCCUUCUAACCUGUCUCAGAGAGCGAGAUCGCCCAGCGAUGUCUGA